CCUCUAUCGGCGGGGUGGUGUUCCUGUUGAAAAGUUUCGGUCAUAUUUUGCCUAUCUCCCCUUAAAAAUUAGCGGAUUUACUUUUUAUUAGGCCUCCAGGCCACACGGAUAGGAAACCAGCAAGAUGUAUUACGGAGAGCAGAAUGAUGGGGCAUACAUGGAGCAGGAGGAAGAGUGGGAGAGGGAAGGACUUCUCGAUCCCGCUUGGGAAAAACAGCAGAGAAAGACUUUUACAGCAUGGUGCAACUCACAUUUAAGGAAGGCUGGUACGCAGAUUGAGGAAAUAGAAGAAGACUUUAGACAAGGACUUAAACUCAUGCUGCUGUUGGAAGUUAUAUCUGGGGAACAGCUCCCCAAGCCAGAUAAAGGAAGAAUGAGAUUUCAUAAAAUCGCAAACGUAAACAAGGCUUUAGAUUUUAUUGAAAGUAAAGGAGUUAAACUUGUAUCUAUAGGACCAGAAGAAAUCGUUGAUGGAAAUGUGAAAAUGACUCUAGGUAUGAUCUGGACAAUUAUCCUGAGAUUCGCCAUCCAGGACAUCUCAGUAGAAGAAUUAUCGGCCAAGGAGGGUCUCCUUUUGUGGUGCCAACGAAAAACGUCUCCUUACAGGAACGUCAAUGUGCAAAACUUCCAUUUAAGCUUUAAAGAUGGUUUAGCCUUCUGUGCCUUGAUCCAUAGACAUAGACCAGACCUUAUAGACUAUAGCAAACUCUCCAAGGAUAAUCCACUAGAAAACUUAAACACAGCUUUCGAUGUUGCUGAAAAACAUUUGGAUAUCCCAAGAAUGUUGGACGCAGAAGAUAUGGUUAACUCAGCAAAACCUGAUGAACGAUCAGUGAUGACAUAUGUAUCGGCAUAUUAUCACGCUUUCUCCGGGGCCCAACAGGCUGAAACGGCAGCUAACCGUAUCUGUAAGGUGCUUAAGGUGAACCAGGAAAAUGAACGUUUAAUGGAAGAAUAUGAACGUAUGGCCAGUGAUUUGCUGGAAUGGAUCAAACGUACCACUCCUUGGCUGGAGAAUAGAACCACAGAUAACACUCUUCCAGGAACCCAAAGCAAACUAGAAGAGUUCAGAGAAUACCGCAGGAAACACAAGCCCCCAAAGUUAGAGGAGAAAGCCAAGUUGGAGACUGUGUUCAACACCCUACAAACCAGAUUGAGGCUGAGCAACCGGCCAGCGUACCUUCCCACAGAGGGAAAGAUGGUCUCAGACAUUGCAAAAGCAUGGAAAGGACUGGAAUUUGCCGAGAAAGGCUUUGAAGAUUGGUUACUUUCGGAAUUACAAAGACUUGAGAGAUUGGACCAUUUGGCCCAGAAGUUCAAACACAAGUGUGACAUUCAUGAGGAGUGGGCCCAUGGCAAAGAAGACAUGCUACAGAGCACAGACUACAAGAAAUGUAGACUCAAUGAACUUAAGGCUUUUAAGAAGAAACACGAGGCAUUUGAAAGUGACCUUGCUGCCCAUCAGGACCGUGUGGAACAGAUUGCAGCUAUAGCGCAAGAGCUGAAUGCCCUUGAAUACCAUGACGCACCUGCCGUGAAUGCUCGCUGUCAGAGAAUCUGUGACCAAUGGGAUGUCCUUGGAACACUUACUCAGAAACGUCGAGUGGCUCUUGAUGAGGCUGAGCGUAUCAUGGAGAGGAUUGAUCAGCUCCACCUUGAGUUUGCCAAGAGGGCAGCACCAUUCAAUAACUGGAUGGAUGGAGCCAAGGAGGAUUUGGUUGACAUGUUUAUAGUUCACACCACCGAGGAAAUACAGGGAUUGAUUGAUGCCCAUGAACAAUUCAAGCAAACCCUUGGAGAGGCUGAUAAAGAAUUUAACGCAAUAAUUGGCCUUGUGAAUGAAGUGCAGAAAAUAGGCAUGCAAUAUGAAAUCACAGGAGCCUCAGUUAACCCUUAUACAACACUCAGUGCACAGUCUGAGGAUGGUGAAACUGAAAAGGUUACAUAUCACCAUGAGGAUAUUGCAAACAAAUGGACAGAGGUUCGUCAACUUGUGCCCAAGCGUGAUGGAGUACUUCAACAAGAGAUGAUUCGUCAACAGAACAAUGAACGUCUACGUCUUCAAUUCGCCAAGAAAGCUAACACUGUUGGACAAUGGAUUGAGCGCCAUCUUGAUCACCUUGUUUCUAUUAGCUUACAAUCAGGCUCGUUGGAAAAUACACUAACGCAAUUCAAGAGCUUUGAUACAGAGGUCCACCAAUACAAGCCUAACAUUGAUGAGUUGGAACGUUACAACCAAGAAGUACAAGAAGCUAUGAUAUUUGAAAAUAGACACACUCAAUACACAAUGGAGAGCCUGCGUGUAGGAUGGGAGCAACUUCUAACAGCUAUUGCAAGAAACAUCAAUGAAACUGAAAACCAGGUCCUUACAAGAGAUGCCAAGGGUAUUACAGAUGAAAUGAUGGAGGAAUUUAGAAAGUCAUUUGUACAUUUCGAUAAACGGCGAUCACGUCGUCUUACCCCCAAAGAGUUUAAAGCCUGUCUCAUAAGUCUUGGCUUUAACAUUGGAGGGGACUAUCAAGGUGAUGCAGAGCUCCAGAAGAUGAUGGCGAUUGUUGAUCCCAACGGCACUGGUUUUGUGACAUUCGAGGCAUUCCUCGACUUCAUGACCCGGGAAACCACCGAUACUGACACAGCAGAACAAGUUAUGCAGUCCUUCAAGAUUCUUUCUGGAGACCAACCUUACAUCACAGCAGAGAUCCUGCGUCGUGAGCUGCCCCCAGACCAGGCAGAGUAUUGCAUAGCGAGAAUGGCUCCCUACAAAGGACCUGACGCUGUCCCAGGGGCUCUAGACUACUCUUCCUUCUCAACCGCACUCUACGGCGAAUCAGACCUCUAAUUCACCCUGGCAUUAUCAGCAUUUUAGUCACAUGACUCAUAUGGACCAAUCACAUGCAUUGAGCCACAUGACCCAUAUUGACCAAUCGUAUGCAUGGAUUUUACGACGAACAACCAAUGGGAUUUAGAACUAGGGUCAUGUGAUGUGUUGAUAUUCUGGGAAGUGUGUGUUCUGUUUGUGUAAUAUAUGGACUGUAGCAGACUUCAGGCCUUAGGGAACAGGCCUGUUGUAAUUCAUACCUAACACCCCUUCAUAAAACUGCAUGGAAGAGUUUAUAACUGCUGGACAUCGGGAAGUCACCCAUAAUAGGGAUGACAGGUAGUGUUUUAAACAAAAACAUAAUAUAUUAAUACCAGCAUUAUGAUGAUUUGGAAUAAUACACAGUACAGAAUUUCUUAGACUUGUAGAAAAUAGAACCCAGGGUGAUGUAACUACAGUAUAACUAUGUACAAAACAUUUUUAUCGUGGUGUGUUUUUAUACCCAGUUUUAUAAUAUAAUUAUGCGUACGACUGAUCAGGAUUUGAAAUUUAACAAUGAAUUCUAUUGUUGUCAAAUUUGAGUCACCAUAGCAAUGAAUUUGUAUAACAUUAAUCAGAAGUGUUCAAAUUUGAACGUGGGUUCAUUCAUCAUGGCCAUGUCCUGUUUUUGUUGAGACUUUGUUAUGAAAGACCUGUUGUCCAAAGCUAUGAAGCUAUAAUGUAUGUAUAUAAGUAAUGUCUGUGCUUUCCCGGGGCUAAUUACUCUUAACCAAGAUGGGAUAUUUUCUCAAUUGCCAUUCACAUUAAAGAGCCAUUUGAACUGGGGUGCAUACUCAUGGUGAAAUUAUAGGAUAAGCCCAUGGUAUAAGGGUAAAUAACAUAAUACAUAGGGUAUAUUGAAGAAUCCCAAUUAGAUGGUCUCGAAGAAUCUGUUCGGGAGUGAUCAUGAUUAAAAGCAACCUACAAUGAAAUGUGCAUUCUUCUUAUUUUUGUAAGUGGCAUUUUUGAAAUCACUGUUAAUGGGUUUGAGCAGUUAGUCCUGGGGUAAAACAUAUGGCUAUGGUUUUGAAUGCAGAUUAUGUGACCAUCAAAGCGUUAGAUUCAUAGAUAUAUGUUAUAUUCUAAAGCACACACCAUCACAUUUUAAACUGAAAGAAUUGUUCAAUACUAUAUACACAUACCGGUUUAGUUCUGCUAUAUCAAUACAAUUAAACGAUAGAAUAUCAGAACAUAAUUACGUCUCAUGUUGCAUGUCUCUUGAUUUUUACCGAUUUAAAACUUGACGUAAUUUUUCAUUUCAUGAUUUUUUGAGUUA